AUGGGCUUGGACCCUCCGUUUACCAGUGGUUCCCCGCAGGCGACUCCAUCGGUAGAUCCAGUCAAGCCUCGGGUGAUUUUUUCGUCCAACAUUCCGCAGAAAAUAGCGGACUGUGUCUCUGAAAAGCGACUAUUCUUAGGUGGAUCCACGAGCAGGCUUGUGGAUUUAGCCAAGGACAUUGGUGAACUCGACGUGAUACUCGAGCUCAACACUUUGCUUUUACGAAAUCGUUAUCUUACUCCAUCGGACUUGGUGCGCAAGAACUUGGUCUUCGUUGCGAAGAAGAAGAGCUCUCAGAAUACGCCGAAACCCUUUUUGGGGUUUAAGGGCAUAUGGAAAAGCGUCUUUGAGAUGUCUAGUCCAUCUGAAGUUUUCGUGGUGACUUUGAGAGUCUCGCUCAAACGCUUGGUCGUUGACUUGGCCAAUGUAGAUGACAUGAUCAUCAUUCUCCGUCAUGACGAACUCCACGGUUCCAUACUACGAGAUAUGGACUUAUUGAAAUCCAUCAAGACUUAUAUUCGCCAAAGACUUCUACUAGAGCUACGGAGCAACUCAAAUAUCACAUCAGACAUUGCCGAUACCAAUACUAUCCUUCAAGAUCUGCCGGUCAAUGACUCGUUGCCACUGAUGAAGGACUUACACAACCAAGUCGAAGAAUUCGAUAGCAGUCUCGCUGAUCUAACGCUAGACUCCAAUACCGGUAUGCCGCUCAUAGAAAAACAGCUAGUGUUUGAGGAUUUCCAAGAUGUAUCUACGUCUGACGAGGAGUUGAAGAUUCUAUAUUCUGAUGACAGUGGAAGAUGUACGGUUGACGACGAAGAGGACUUGCAUUUCCCCGAUGGACAACCCACAAAUGUAUUGUCUCCGGCAAUGCUUGGCGAGUUACCUACGUUGAGAGAAGAGUCACCACCACUAUCAUCUCAAACUAUCCAGCCGGUUACUCCUCAGAAGAAUCCUGAAAUUCUUUCUCCUAGAAAGAUUUUGAUGGAGCCUCAACCAAGGACUCCUACCAGGCGCCCAAAUGUACUUCAAUCGCCUCCUGAACUGAGUGUGGAGCAUGAAUUCGACAGUCCCAGGUCCGCGUCGGUGCCGACUGAGUUAUCACCAAUCAAGCCUGCAACUGCACCUUCCUUGAUGAAACACACGUCAAUGUCGACUCUUCAGCCAUCUCUCAAGAAGAAAAGCUCGGCUUCCUCCUUCACAAUGAUAAGUCACGAUGAAAGCCAUGGCUUGGAAUAUGCCUUCCGAGACAAAUCUCCGACCGUGCCAACAUACAUAAAACGUGACAAAAAGUUCAAGUUCAUCAAAGUUGGCAAGGUUCAGAAGUUUGUGAAUUUAUUCGAGGAACAAGGGCCCGGCAGCGAGUCUUCAACCAGAAACAGUACUCGGCCUGGAAGUCCACUAAAGGGACCCAAAUUUUAA